AGUGCCCACAAGGGACGGGGCUGCCUGGCCGAGAAAGGACUGCUCAGCACGUGAGCGAUAGGAGCCCGGAGACAGAACUACACGUACACAGACCCUCCUUAAGGAAGGCGGUGAGGUGCUUUUUGUUACCAAUGAAACGCAACCAAAUGCUGUGUGCCACACUGCCCAAACCCAGCGGCCCGGCCCAGGCAGUCGUCCCAGCCCAACUGAGCCCGGAACUCCUCUUCCCUCACGGCCACGGACGGCGUGUCUUCCGGCGGGGCGGGACGGGACGGGACGGGACUCAGCCUUCGCUUGGCUCCGCUGCUCUGUGUCCCCCACGCCUCGCUCUGCCCUGCCCUGCCCUCCCCUCUCCUGCUCUCCUCUUCUCCCCUCCCCUCCCCUCUCCUGGAGGUCUCUCCGAGCGGCACCGUUGCCGCUGUGUCGCCUCCCGGGCUGCUGCUCCCGGCUCAUCCCGGGACGGCGCUCAGCGCUGUGGGCAGAGACGGAGCCGUCGGUGCCGCUUCCAGGAGAACGGCCGCCUCUUCCCAGCAGAGCAGGCUCCAGUUCAACUUGUGCCUUCCAGGCGUGAUCAUCCCAGGCUGCAGGAGAGCAGCAAAUGGCCACAGCACAUCCGUGUCAGGAGCCCGUGAGCUUUGCGGAGGUGGCCGUGUAUUUCAGCAGGGAGGAGUGGGCGCUGCUGGACCCUGCGCAGCGAGCGCUCUACCGGGACGUGAUGCUGGAGACGUACCAGUGCGUGGCCUGGCUGGCGCCACUUCCAGGCCCCAAACCCGGGCUGAUCUCCCUGCUUGAAGGAGGGGAAGACCCCUGGAUCCCAGAUGUGCGUAGCCCUGAGGCCGUGCCAGGAGACCUGAGCCCAGGAACUGGGAUUACAGAUAUACUGGAGGAUGUGCAGGAAAGUGGUGUGGCCGAAAGGCGGUGGGGUAGUGCCUGUGUGGGAGAAAUCAGAAGGGAUGUCCCAGGAGGCCUGGAGCAAGGUCAGGGUGAGCACAUCAAGAAGGCACUGGGAGAGCAUCUGGAAGAGAAAGGAAGGAGCCCACUGGACUUCAACAUAGGUGAAAAGCAGGCGGAAGGACCCAGGAGCAAGGAU